AUGCCCCGCCGCGUUCGUCCCGUGGAAUCUAAUGCGGGAAUACCCGAAGUCGACCGUGAAAUAUACCUCAGCCGGCCCACGGACGACCUCCUAGUCGACGACGAUGUGAGGUACGGACAUCGAACGGCAAACGGGCCAUUUGUUGAGAUCCUUGAACGGCGUCGCGUUCGAGAGUGUUCAGAGCCGGAGAUUCCCCGCAACAAGUAUCAUUAUUCUCGGGACGUGGAACCAGUUUCUUCGAGACAUACACAUGAGCGAUUUGAUUGUGAUUUAUCGCCACAUGAGGCAAUGAAACAAUACCGAAAGAAGAAACACGAUAAUCAUGCCUACGAACCUCGUGGGAGGCCGCGUUCGAGACCCAUGAAUACAGAGGAGGCAUAUUUUUCACACCAGGAAUCAGAUAAGGGCUACUCCACAGAUAGUGAAUCUGAUGAAUCUGAAGCUUUUACUCAAAGACAGGAGUGGUCUGUAUCUCGACGCGGAUAUACUGUUCCCAAAGACCUUCUGCCGCGCAGUAAAAGUUUGAAAGAGAAACGAAGAGUGCGACGCUCAGAGUAUGAAACAGAAGAUGUCUUCUCACAAAAAGCUAUCCCCAGGGAGAGAGAAGAAUAUAUAGAGAGUCGGAAGAGUUCACGCUAUAGUGCUCCUCAUUUAAAACACAGAUCGCACUAUCAUAUAGAUCUAGACGAGGAUGAAGAGGAUGAAACCGAUGAAGAAGACAUUCCUGUUUCCAGGCAUGAACAACGAAGAGAUCCACAGAGAAGCCAUGCUAGGGAGAGGUAUUCCCCACGGAGCCGAGAGACGUCCUCGUCCUCGUCCUCGUCCUCGUCCUCUUCAUCGUCAUCGCCAGCAGUGUCGCCUCGGAAAGAGAUCCCUAGAGUACCAUUGCCAGCUCCAAUGCCACCGGUUUACAAGGAGUCGGCCACGAAACAUAUAUCCCUGCCUGGAGGUAUGAUUUCCUUUCAGAAGGUUCUACUAGUUGUUAAUCAACCAUCAGCUUUCCCCGUAGGGGACCCGUCUCGCGCACAUAGCCCCGAUAUUGCUGAGCCCGAUGCUCACCAACAUAGGAAAAGGAGAGAAAAGCCGGCGAAGGAAGAAAUUGGGCUCGAAAGACAGAGUAAGGAUGCUUUUGCCGUCCCGUUGCAUCGUCUGCUGCCCGAACCUCCUGGUCGACGCAGAAAGGAAGACACUAUCGUUAUCCCCCCCGAGCCAAUUUUCACGGAGCACGACGACGGCUUUGCCAUCGAGGAACGCGAUCGUCGGAAACCUACUAAGAAGCUUGAAAUUGUUGAGGAAGACUAUUACCGGACCCGCAAGGUCGAGCCGUCAUCGCAGAGUCCUCGCGCUCGGGAUACCGUCGACGACUGGGCUAUUGUCAAGGCCCCGUCUGAAAGCAAGCGCGGUUCAAAAGAGGAGCUGAUCGAGACUGUUCCAGAAGAAAGACACACGCGACCCAAGGAUCGUAAAUCCAAGUUGACCGUCGCAGGCGAGAAGGAUCCUGGAACCGACGACAGUCGCCGGCGUGGUAAGAUCGGCCGGCGAUAUAUCGGUGUCCAGGACCGUCGAGACCGUCUGUGGACUGAAAUCACGAAGGACCUGGUGGUACGAGAGGCAAUCGAGAGGGCUGGGUACGAGUACGAGGAAACCGAUUCAUGCUACUACAUCUUCUCCUACCUGCACCGUGAUGAUGUAUCUGCUUUGAUCCAGCAGUCUGACGAUAUCCGGCGUGCCCGUCGCCGAAGAAUUGAGGAGAUCCACCGCGAACGCGCCUCUGUGCCCCCUCCGCCUAGACAUGCGAUGAAAGGAGCGGCCCCCUUACCCUUACCCUUUGCACCCGACCGGCCCAGCUCGCCUCGUUGCCACCAUCGAGAGCGAGAGCGGGACCGAAAUCGAGGAGAUCGCCGACGGAGGGACUGGGAAGAGGGCAGAGCCCAUUCAGGACGAUGGUAG